AUGGCCCUCUAUAAACACGGAAACUCUUCAAAGUCUGUAGCCGCGCCAGCGACCACUGAAUUCGACAUCUUAAAGGCAUCCCACAAAUUCCUACGCGAGGACGAGGAGGGCCCGAAGUUAUCUUGGAAUGAGCAACUUGCUAAGAAGUACUAUGACAACCUGUACCGCGAGUACGCGGUGUGCGACCUAAAGCAUUACAAGACAGGAAACUUUGCCCUGCGGUGGCGCACAGAAUCAGAAGUCAUCUCUGGAGCGGGCGAGACGACAUGUGGCAACACCCGUUGUCCCCUCCACACAGCCUCCUACGCGGAGCGCAAGUCACUCAAGACGCUCGAGCUACCGUUCUCCUACAUUGAGGAUGCAGAGAGCAAAUUUGCGCUGGUCAAAGUGGUCCUGUGCGAUAAGUGCUUCAAAAAGCUGAUGUGGAAGCGGAACAAGGAGAAGGAGAAGGCAGGGGAGAGUUUAGAGAAGGAAGGGGGGCAAGGUGUGGCGGUGCAGAAGGUCAAGCAGGAGGAAGUUGAAGGCGAUGUACCCCCGUUGAAGGCCAGCCCUUCGCACAAACGCAGUGGCAACAUCAACGAUCGUCCACGCAGAAAUGAGGAGGAAGAGGAAAGUGACCGGACACGUCGCCGAAGACACUCGAGAUCUCGCUCUCCAUCUUACUCCAGAAGGCAUGAUCGUACCCGGGACCAUACACGAGGUUAG